UACACUUUGUACUGACCAUCCUCCAAGCAGGUAUCAUCUUUUGUUUACACCUUAUCUCUGCAUCUCAGAGGGCACCUGAAACAAGCCCAACCCCAAGGGGCGGUAACGACACCUCCUAGAGGACUGCACCAAUACAUAUAAAAACGGUCUCUUUCACCAUUCGGAACAUCAACAGCGCAACCUAAAGAACCCUCUAACUAACUAACUAAGGAGUGCAGGAUGACAUCUGUAUCAACCAUGACGAGUAGCCUGGACAUCGCCCAAGCAACAGAAGCUCUAGAGCGAGACACGCAGCCGUGGGACCUCACAGACUCACCACCCCCAUCGCUGUUAAUCCAGACCCCACCAUCUCCACCCCCCUCUCCACAGCUGCUGCUGCAGGAUCCUACAGGAUCGGGGCUGUUUGAGGAAACCAUUAUCGACAUCAAGCUUGCAACCCACCAUCUUCUGAUGUUGGCGCUAAACGAGUUUCUACAGUAUACAUGCUACGGAUGUCAAAUAUCUCACCCCAGUCAGGUGCAACACAGCUGCUUGCUCGAAUUGCCCGAGUAUUUCUUUGACAUCUACUAUGACGAUGUGAUGAUAAGGCUCAAGACAGACCGUUUCAUCCCCGCCAUACGCCUGUUUGUGCGCUCCUACACAGUCGAUGGGACUGGAACACAAUUCAGCCGAAUUGCAGAACACACCAUGACCGAACUGAGAUCAUCACAACAUAUAGUAUGCGCAAUUAACGACAACAUUGUGCAGUUGCUAGAAGCAAGUUGUUAUGCCCGACGUGCUAAACCAGCCAUGCUACGUAUGAUUGGUAACUACUGGGCCGGGAGACACCUGGUUUAAUGUAUGCUGUUCAGUAUUCAUUGUCUGUGUGAAUGAAAUAAAAAGACGUGUUAACACCGACAGCUUUAUCAUUUGUGUCUUGCAUGCAUCAUGGAAAACACCAUGUAUAAAAUUUAUCAUGAUCCGGCCCAUCCGGCUGGCCUGGCCAGUUUAAAUAAGCUCCGUAUAGCUACCGCUGAGGCAAUAGGUGUAAAACCCUCAUUAUCACAGGUUAAACAUUAUUUAGAACGAGACGACACUUACACACUCCAUAAACCAGCCAGGAUCCACUUUCCCAGAAACAGAGUAUUGGUUAAUGGAAUCGACAAACAGUUUCAAGCCGAUCUGGUUGAUAUGUCUGAAUACAUGACAGAUAAUGAUAAUGUUAGAUACCUGCUAACAUGUAUAGAUGUAUUCUCAAAAUAUGCAUGGGUUAGAUGUCUCACAACCAAGACGGGCCCAGCCGUAGCAGCCGCUUUCGAGGAUAUACUUGCUGAGGGAAGGAUCCCUAUGAAACUACAAACAGAUGAAGGCAAAGAGUUUUAUAAUACAACCUUUAAACAGCUAAUGAAGCGAUAUAACAUCAAACACUUCUCAACAGCUAGUGAGGUUAAAUCUAGUAUUGUUGAAAGAUUCAACCGCAGCUUCAAGGGUAGAAUGUGGAAGUACUUAACAUCCGUCAACUCAAGGAGAUAUGUACACGUCAUCCCCGAGCUCACACAGGCAUAUAACAAUGCUUAUCACAGAUCUAUCCAUAUGGCUCCAGCAGAGGUAAAUAAGGAUAAUGAGAAGCUGGUCUUUAACACUCUGUACAAAACCACGCCUCAGAGGAAAGUGUGUUUUAAAUUUAAUGUUGGCGACACAGUACGAAUAUCGAAACUGAGAGGAGUGUUUCGAAAAGGAUACGAACAAACCUACACCGAUGAGAU